AUGUUCUCUUUCCUAUUCAUUAUAUACAAUCAAUCAGUGUAGAAAACUUGCCAAUUGCAAAUAAGGUCAUUGGCUAUUACAAUCAAGGAACCACUUAUCUUUGCACCAUCUUUUAGCUUCGAAGACAAAUUAAAUCAACAGGUUUCUUCUAAAAUUAUUACUAAUAUUUGUUCCUCUCUUAGGUUGGUUCAACAAGGAUUCUUUUUCUUUUUACCAAAUUUAUGAGAUGGGGGAUUCUCCAGCAAUAGUGCAAUCACAAGUACAAGCAGGUGACCAAGCAAAAGGGGAAGGAAUGACCUCUGAGAAUGGAACUGAAUUGGUACAAAACAAAUGGUGGAUCCAAAUGGUCAUUUAUUCAAUAUUUGUUCUAUGUAGCCAAUCUAUAGGUACACUCUUAGGCAGAUUAUAUUUUGAAAAAGGAGGAAAUAGCAAAUGGUUAGCCACAUUAGUACAAACUAUAGGCUUCCCAAUUCUCAUCCCUUUCCUUUUAAUCACAUCAACAAAAACUAAUAGUAAUAAAAAUAUUGAAAUUAAAAAACCACCAUUCCUAAUUGUUGCUUCACUUUACACUUUGCUAGGUUUAUUCAUAGCUGGAGAUUGUAUGUUAUAUACAAUUGGUCUACAAUAUCUCCCUGUCACUACUUAUUCACUUAUUUGUGCUAGUCAAUUAGGAUUCAAUGCCCUUUUUUCAUACUUCCUAAAUAAACAAAAAUUCACUCCUUACAUAGUCAACUCAUUAGUAAUUCUCACUGUAUCCUCUUCUCUCCUCGUCCUCCAUAACGAUGAUUCUGGAGAACAUUCAAAUAAAACAUCUAGACGAAAAUAUAUGUUUGGAUUUUUGUCCACCAUAGCUGCAUCUGCUGGCGGCGCAUUGAUGCUCUGUAUUACACAACUCGCGCUUCAGAAAAUCUUUAAGAGGGAGAGUUUUCGUUUAAUUGUAGAAAUGUCAGUUUACCAGUCGAUAACUGCGACUAUGGCAAUAUUAAUAGGGCUUUUCGCUAGUGGAGAGUGGAAAAAAUUGGACAAAGAAAUGAACGAGUAUAAAUUAGGGAAAAUUUUAUAUGUUUUAAAUUUAAUUGGGACAGCUAUUUCUUGGCAAUUUUUUACAGUUGGUUCAAUAGGGCUAAUUUUCAAAGUAUCUUCAUUAUUUUCAAAUGUGAUUAGUAUUUUAGGUUUGCCUGUGGCUCCUGUUUUGGCUGUGAUAUUUCUUAAUGACAAGUUGACUGGUAUCAAAGUAAUGUCAAUGUUAUUGGCUAUUUGGGGUUUUGUAUCAUAUAUGUAUCAGCAUUACCUUGAUGAUUUGAAGGACAAAGCUUAAAAAAAAGGGGUCAACUAGUGGAGCGCUCUGAAGUUUCUCUCAUUGAAGGAAGUUAAAUUUGUAAAUUAUUAUAUAUAUGUAGUGUGACAUUAAUGUAUCAUAACUUUUCCACAUCCCAUGUUAUAUAUAUAUUACUGUGCACUUUUUUAUUUUGGAUGAAUAUGUUUUAUUCCA